AUGGAUAUUGAAGGUGUGAAACCAACUGCAUUGACAUACCAUGUGGACCAAGAAUUACGUCUCAUUUUUCAGGAAUUUGAACGGGAGAAGCUGGAUAUCCUGGAUGGGUUUGACCUAAAGAUCCGGAGAACGAGGAUGUAUCUUAUUUGUCUUCAGGCAAGGGAGGAACGCCGGGAACUGCUCAGCAUCUGCACGAGGGCGAUGACCGGAUGCGAUCCGCAGGUCAUUAUCGACGGAUAUUUCAAGCACGCAGAAUCGUUGCAUGCCUGCAAUUUUUUGAUACCGGCCCGGCGCAAGGACAGGCACGAGCAGCUUCGUACCGAGGUCAUGCGCGGACUCCGACAGCUGGCGAUUCCCUUGCUUGCGCAACGUUUCACAGACCGCAUUGAUGAUUUCGUGGGGAAGCACCGGACGCCGCAGCUUGAAAGCGAGCUUCGUGCCCGCAAGACGAGAUACGGUCUGGAUAUUGACGCUGCGCAGGCACGUCUCGCUAUUGUAUCUCGAUUGCUCGAGCUUUGGAAGAAUCAUGAAGAUGAAUAA